UGGAUGCGCCUCUUGGCCUGAGUCUCUCUCUCUCUCUCUCUCUCUCUUUGCGCCAACCGGAGCCCGGAGACCCCAAAGCGCCCGCAUGGAUUCCGAAGACUGCUCGUGCUUCAGCGGUGGCGUCUGCUCCUGCGGCAACAACUGUCAGUGUAAAAAUUGUAAAUGCAAAUCCUGCAGGAAAAGCUGCUGUUCCUGUUGCCCAGUGGGCUGUGCCAAGUGUGCCCAGGGCUGUAUUUGCAAAGGCCCCCCUGCCACUAAAUGCAGCUGCUGCAAGUAAAGAGAGGCUGGCUCCGGCAGUCUUGAAAUCUGUAUAUUUGCCUGCAGAAAUGUAAUGUUCAUGUCCGGUUAUAUUUUUGCUAUUGCGUGCUCUCUCGCCGUUAGUUGUGAACGUAAACGACGCUGACAGUAAUAAAGCCAUGUGUGUAUAUAA